AUGGCCAGAUCUCUCUCUCUCCGGGUUGGUUUGAUUAUUUGUCUAUUGUUGCCCGUCAUAUAUGCAACGGGUGUUGAAGUAGGUGGUGGAGUGGAACUUGAAGCCCCAUUCAGAUCAGAAGCCUUUCUAUGCUCAAAAAAAGUCGAGCCACCAGAAGUUGUUCGGCCAGGUCUGGUGGAAUGUUCGGUGAAUGGUGCUCACUUGACCAUCGACAGGCCUUCACCAUCUAUCGAACUAGAAAGCAUUGUCGAAAAGGUUGGGAAGGACUGGCAUGUCACUUCCAAUCGCUCAGAACAAUGGAAUGACCGGCAAACCCUCAACUCUCACGUGUUCUGGGACUACGUAAGGGAUUCUGCCAAGAAAUACGCCAUGAUCAGGAGAUUGAAAAGCGCUGAAGUUUUUGAAUUGAUGCCCAGAAUACUGACCCAACGAUCAUACUACAAAACGCAAGCCACAAAGCAAGAGAAGAAACUGAUUGACGAGUCAUGGGAGAAACUGUUCGCACAAUGGUGGCCGACGACUGAUGCGGAUGGUUCACGAAGAGAAGAACGGGCGCGUGCGGAGAGAAUCAUGAAGAUGUUGGAUGAGAUUGCUGAACAGGUUGGAUUAAAACAGCAGCAAGGAAAGACGGACGAAGAAAAGAAACUGAUGGGGAGCAGAUAUGCGCGUGCUAUUGCGGACAAUUUGACCAAAGAAGCUUGGAUUCUCUUUCAUCCGCUCAAACCAAAAAACUCGUGGUUGAUAAACGGCUUGAUCAGCACUAGUCAAGAUGUCCAUUCCUCUCUGAAUCAGUUGGCGGACGAUCUGAAACGCUUCCCAGAUGGAUUUUUCCACAACGGAGUUCGUGACAAGAAGAUUCCCCAAAGUUCUGCCUUGGAAGUGAAAAUUUCGGAAUCCCGCAUUACUCAAACAGCUUGA